AUGCAACGCACUCGAGAGAAUCUGACAUCGCCAUUGAAGCGCUCAAGUACCACACCCAAUCUCCGAUCAAAAGCGAGUCAAAUUGUGGACGAAGAUGAUGGGGAAGAGGAGGACGAAGAAACCCUGCAGCUUCAGCUAGCCGAGAUCAAAGCGCGCUUGAAGUUGAAGAAACUCCAACAGAAGAAUCGCGGAAGGUCUAGUUCCAAUCUUGACGACGAAGAUGUCCGACCAAAUUCCGCAAUCAGCGCUCUGCGAACAGAAGACCGUGGUGCAACGCCAAGAAUCGCUAAUGGAGGGAGGCAAAGAACGAGCAGCGAUGGAAUCCAGGUUCCGGCAUCACCUACCAAGCGAGAACUGCCCCCCGCCGACCCAAUAUCGCCUCGGAGGUAUGUCAUGGGCAUUGAUAAGGGCUGGAAGGCCAAUGAUGUAUCCUUGAAACGACCUCCAAGCUCAAGACCCGGUCCUCGACCAAGUAGUCAUAUGGGAUUUCGAGACGGUGCUACACCGCGCUCUAAUGACAUAUUCGGCUCGCGGCCCCAGACUUCCCCUUCAUCAACGGGAGGCAUCAACCGAAUAAAAAGUUUCAGCGAGAGAAUGGCGGAAGGCAGGGCGGCUGAGAAAUCUCGGCUGGAGAGAGCAGAAAGGGUCCAGGCUAACCGCAGUUCGGCUUUUCAAGUCGACAAGUCGGAGAUUGAGGCCUUCAAAGCUGCAGCUUCAGAUACAAGGCAUUCCCCUCCACCGUCAGUAUCACGAGAGCGGCCCAUGGAAAGCUUCAGCCGUGAGGAUAUUCUUCGAUCUAUUGGACAAUCCCGCCCAUCCGGUCUACAACGCAGUAAUACAACUCCGAACGUUCGACGAACCGAGGGCAAUGGUCACAACGAGAGACCGUCUCAUCUACAUAGGCGAACUCAUACGGCAGAAGAAGAACCAAGUUCCUCUCACAAACUAGGCCAAACAGAUGAUGCUUUGGUGAAGGCCCCGGAUUCUUCAAAAUUCGAGUCCUACUCGUCGCUACAUCUAUCAAGCCGAGUUCUUCCGCAUUCUUUCUUGAGCCGCACACUCGCAGAAAAGAGAGUUCUACGCAUUCCUGAUCUACUGAAAACCGUCAAGGCACCCGCAUUCGAGCUCCCAGAGGACAUCGAUGGGGACUUUGUGGUAUUUGGCAUCGUUGCGUCCAAGUCCGACCCUAGGGACAAGAAAGCUUUGGGGAACACGUCGGCUAAAGAUAAGGACCCUUAUGAUGAUGGGCUUAACAACACGAACAGAUAUAUGGCCAUUACCCUGACCGAUCUGAAAUGGACUAUUGACCUCUUCCUUUUUGACACUGCUUUCCCCCGUUAUUACAAAAUCUCGGAAGGGACUCUCGUCGCAAUUCUGAACCCCACAAUCAUGCCUCCGCCAAAGCACAAGCUGGACACAAACAGAUUUAGCCUGUCUUUGUCCUCAUCAGAUGACAAGGUCCUCGAAAUUGGCAAGGCACGGGAUAUUGGGUUCUGCAAGGCUGUGAGAAAGGACGGAAAGACCUGCGAAUCCUGGAUAGAUAGUCGAAAGACCGAGUUCUGUGACUUCCACGUUGAUAUCCAGAUCCGACGCACUCAGGGCCAACGAUCGGGAGUCAAUGCUGACACGGGUAUGCUUGGUCCUGGCGGUAAAUCCGGCUCGCGUACCGGAUUGUUUGGCCAAGGAGUGAAGCGAGGAGCUUCUUUCAAGCAAGGCAUGAAACACGAUGGCCCUCAGUAUGACAUGGGAUCUCAAUCGCUAUACUACGUGGCGCCCUCCAGAAACCGCGGUGCUGGCCGUUCGUCAUACAACCCUAUGGGAGGCUCGGCGGCAAACCUGAUUGAUGCCCAUGACGAUCCCUUCAUCGCCUCAGGUAUGAUGGGCCGCGGUAUGGACAGCAAGGAGGAACGAAUGCGCAGGCGUCUUGCGACCCAACAGCGAGAGCGUGACAUAACACAAAAGCUAGUUUCGGGCCGUGUCGGUGGCGUGGGCGCCGAGUACCUUCGCACAAGGACCAGCAACGAGAGUCCAAACAAGGAAAAAGCACCAGGCACCCCCUUGCCCAAGAGCCCCACGACAACCAACGGCAUGGAUAUGACCACCUUCGGCAAAGCCAAGAACGUCCGUUUAAGUCCAAUGAAGCGUGCCCAUGACAAGCCCCACGGUAGCGGGGUCAAGAAGACACGGUUCAUCACUUCAAGGGGUAUCAAGGAGGCUGGCCGGGAGAGCCUGGGUGCUCCGGCUGAGACCACGCCCAGUGGGAAACAGGCACUCUUGGAUGAUGACGACGACGAUGACCUGGAGUUUAUUUGA